UGCCUGGGUGACGCCAUCAACCGGCGCGCUGUUUAGCGUCCACUGAUGUCGUGGCGCUUUGUAGAAAGAACUUGGUGUUUCUUCAGGCCCUGGUUCUGAAGACGCCGUCCGGGGGGCCCGUGGCUCCUUUCUACCCACCCCUCCUUCUGCUUUUUUUCCUUCCCUACUCUGGCAGGAUGAGGCGUGCAGGCCUGGGUGAAGGAGUACCUCCAGGCAACUAUGGGAACUAUGGGUAUGCUAACAGUGGGUACAGUGCCUGUGAAGAAGAAAAUGAGAGACUCACUGAAAGUCUGAGAAGCAAAGUAACUGCUAUAAAAUCUCUUUCCAUUGAAAUAGGCCAUGAGGUUAAACAUCAAAAUAAAUUAUUAGCUGAAAUGGAUUCACAGUUUGAUUCUACAACUGGAUUUCUAGACACAUCAGAUAUUUUACAAGACAACAUGCUGGUGUCAGGCUUUGAGAUGAUGCUGUGACUUCCAAGUGGACAUCCCUAUCAGAGAUUGAUUCAGUUUUGAAGAAUUAUUUAACUGUGUACGCUGUGCCAACUGUGUGACAUCAGAGCUCAGGGAAGACUCAAAAAUCAUUGUCAAUAAUUAAAAUUGCAAAAGGAAGAACAGAAGGCCAAAGAAAAAUGACUAGAAGAUGGAAACAAGAGAACCAACAAUGGGAAUAAAUGAAAUAUCAAAGCCUUGGGAAAACCAGUGAUGGCAAGUGGGGGAUGGAUUUCAAGAUUAAGGUUUGGCUGUUAUAUGACAGUCUUUGUAAAGUAUUAAAACACUAUUUAAAUGUUAGAUAUUAUCAAGGAGGUGGGGAUUUCAGGAAAUGGGGUUUGGGGGCGAUGUAAAAGUGAUUCUCAUCACUGCACUGUCCAUUUCUUAUUUUACAAUUCUUUCUAAAAACUGCCUAAAACAGGUUGGCUGAGAUUCCUGGCAGGCAGCAGACUUCUCUGGAAGGGCCUGUCCCUGCCCCAUCAGAGAUUCUUCUGACAGCACCAUUUCUUCCUUUUGUUUGGAAACCCCUAGCAAAAAGUACUCCCAGAAAUAAAAUUGGGGGAACACCUCAAAUAUGGAAAA